UCAUAAAAAUGGUUAAGUUUUUUGUGAGUUGCGUUUGUUUGUUUUUCAGUAAUUAACCUACUAAGAAUCGAAGCCCAUAAUAUAUUAAAAUUGUGAUUUUUUUCGAGAUAUUUAGGCAGUAAUUAGGUUGUUAUGGCGACACUGGUGGCUGCGGCCCUAGCUUACCCAGGCUACGGUGGCCACGGCAGCGACAACUUUGGAGGUGGUAGCUUCGACGGUCACGAAGUCACGGUCACGAAAGCUACGAUAGCCACGGUCACGGAGGACAUGGCAGUUUCGACCACGACGACCAUCACGGUCAUGGGAGCUUUGGGCAUGACAACCACGGCCACGGGAACUAUGGGCAUGAUAGCCACGGUCAUGGGAGCCACGGUCAUGGGAGCUACGGACACGAUAGCCACGGUCACGAAAGCUUUGGUGGUCACGACCAUUAUGAUGGUGAAUAUGGACAUCAUCAUUAAACUUUGUUGUGUUUGGAAGAUGAUUUAAAACAGUGAUAUAGAGUUUAAGUUAAACUAGUAAUAAAAUUUAAGACAUUAAAAAUA